UCGUCCCAUAUUGUUUCUCUCCAAAAAAGCCUUCAACUUGAAGUACACCACUUCAUGUUUCUGGUUCUUGUUCUCUGAGUUCUCUCCCUUCUUCUCUCUUUUCGUCUUCCUUUGAGAUCCACAGCUACUUCCGCAAAAACAAUUUCUUUUAUCGUUCUUCCUGUCAGAACUUUACCUUUUAUUUUUCCUUCUGUUCUUUAGACACCAUCCAUAAAGAAAAUAUAGAAAUCCAAGAAGAGAUUAUCGCCUCUGCUUUAGAUUCUCCAAAAUUUAGUAUUAUCCGCUUUAAUUGUACAAUACCCACUUCGCCUUGAUCUGUACUCUUUCUUUUCCAGCUAUUACAUUUUAGUCUCAUCCGCCAUUUUUUGGCGACACACUCUCCGUUCUUCCCUUUUCUCUCUCUUUCUUUCUUUCAUUUUCUUUAGCUUUCAAAAUCAAGUCUGAUUCAAAUUUACGCAGUUUUGCUUCGGAUACUGUAAAGCUUAUUGCUUUUCCCUCUUUUUACUUUUGAUCUUACCAUUACGGUGUAUUCGAGGCAGUUUUGUUUCCGGGUGUUUUUCUUUCUUUCAAAUUUGAUUGCAGCUUUUCAUGGUUUUUUUUUGUGAUCUCAACUUUAUCAGAAUGGUUUGGUCCCAUUUGAUAUUGGUAAACUGCGGUUAAGCAUAGCUAAAUUUUCUUCCCUCUUAUCGAGGCUGGGGAGCAAAUUCUGCUUGAUUAAUCACUUUCGACUUUCGAGGGUUUUGAUGCUUUGUUGCUAAGAUGCAGCCUGAUCAACGAAAAAAGUCAUCUGUCGAUGUGGACUUCUUCACUGAAUAUGGUGAGGGGAGCAGGUACAAAAUAGAGGAAGUAAUUGGUAAAGGAAGCUAUGGUGUUGUUUGUUCAGCAUAUGAUACGCAUAUUGGAGAAAAGGUUGCAAUUAAGAAAAUCAAUGACAUCUUUGAACAUGUUUCUGAUGCUACCCGCAUACUUCGAGAGAUUAAACUUCUUAGGCUCUUGCGUCAUCCUGACAUAGUGGAGAUCAAGCACAUUUUGUUGCCUCCAUCCAGACGGGAAUUUAAGGACAUAUAUGUUGUCUUUGAGCUGAUGGAAUCUGAUUUACAUCAAGUUAUUAAAGCAAAUGAUGAUUUAACACCAGAACAUUAUCAAUUCUUUCUUUAUCAGCUUCUUAGAGGCCUGAAAUAUAUACACACAGCCAAUGUCUUUCAUCGGGAUCUAAAACCAAAAAAUAUCUUAGCAAAUGCUGACUGCAAGCUGAAGAUCUGUGACUUUGGGCUUGCAAGAGUAGCAUUUAACGAUACCCCAACUGCCAUUUUCUGGACAGACUAUGUUGCAACAAGAUGGUAUAGGGCUCCUGAAUUGUGUGGAUCAUUUUUCUCAAAGUAUACACCAGCAAUAGACAUAUGGAGCAUUGGAUGCAUCUUUGCUGAACUUUUAACGGGAAAACCUCUUUUCCCUGGGAAAAAUGUAGUCCAUCAACUGGAUCUAAUGACUGAUCUGUUGGGAACUCCAUCCCCUGAAGCCAUUGCCAGGGUACGCAAUGAAAAAGCUCGGAGAUACUUAAGCAGCAUGAGAAAGAAGAAGCCCAUUCCUUUCUCCCAAAAGUUCCCUAAUGCAGAUCCACUUGCACUUCGUUUAUUGGAAAAGAUGUUGGCAUUUGAACCUAAGGAUCGACCCACUGCUGAAGAGGCUCUUGCUGAUCCAUAUUUCAAGGGUUUGGCCAAAGUGGAGAGAGAGCCUUCUGCUCAACCGGUUACUAAGAUGGAAUUUGAAUUUGAGAGGCGAAGGAUAACCAAGGAAGAUGUAAGGGAGCUCAUAUACCGAGAAAUUCUAGAGUACCAUCCCAAAAUGUUGAAAGAAUACUUGGAAGGUUCAGAGCCAACAGGCUUCAUGUAUCCAAGUGCUGUUGACCAUUUCAAAAAGCAAUUUGCUUACUUAGAGGAGCAUUAUGGAAAUGGUGCGACUGUUACUCCACCUGAGAGGCAGCAUGCAUCCUUGCCCAGGCCAUGUGUGUUAUAUUCAGAUAACACAGUGCAAAAUUCAGUGGAAGUAACAAAUGAUCUUUCCAAAUGUUCUAUCAAAGAUAUUGAGAAGCCACAUAUGGACCGUAGUGGUGGCAUCCCAAUGACAAGGCUUCCUCUUCAAGUUCCUCAAAGUAUCCAAGGUGGGCUUGCAGCAGGUGCUGCUAGACCUGGGAAAGUUGUCGGUUCGGUACUGCGUUAUAACAAUUGUGCGGCAGCAGAAGCUCUUGAACAGCGAAGGAUGGUCAGGAACCCAGCUAUUUCAACUCAAUAUACUGCUGCGAACUGCUCAUAUCCAAGAAGAAACUCUGUCUGUAAAAAUGAAAGGGGAGAGGAUGAAGGAGUUGAAGGCUCUGGUGGCUUACAGCCAAAACCUCAGUACAUGGCAAGGAAAGUUGCUGCUGCUCAAGGUGGGCCUGGGAAUCACUGGUACUGAUGAUGUGACAGACUUAUAUGCUUGGCUGCCUGUAACCAAAUGGUGGCAGUCGCUGGAGCACAUUUCAUGAGAUUGAUCUUGCCACCAAAAUGAAAUUCAUAUGUUCCUACUGCUGUAAUUUAGUGGUGUUUUCUACGGGCUCAAAGGCAUAAGAAGAUCUAAGGUCUGGGACUUCUAUUGGAGGAUGUUAUGCAGCAAGUUGUAUUUCAUAUCGCUAAUUUAGUUGAACAGGUUCCUUGGUGCUUACCAUUCAUGACCAUAUAUAGCUCUCUGAUUUAGCUCAAUAACCAAGAUACAAGGAAUGUAUGAUAUCAUGAAUGAGGAAAGGCAAAGGGAUUGGUUGAUUUACUAAGUCCUUUAUCUUUUCUUUUUCAGUCUUUGGAAGAUAAAAGUAAGCUAUUACUUAUACUUUCCCCUCUCUUGGGGCCACCUGAUAGUUGAUUGUUGUUUCACUUUAUUUGUGUUAUUUUACACCAGAAAUAAGAACCUUCUCUUCUUGACAUGCGA